UAUCAAUUCUGUGGGAACCAAACUGUUAGCAUUCCUCACAGAGAGUUCUUUGUUAGAACUCUGUUGGUGAUUUGACUCUCCCUUUUACCAGAAGGCAAUCAUCAGGUAGAUGUGUAUACUUGAAAAAGAUCCUCUGAAGUAAGCUAUAUGUGGAUGAGAGAGAGAAACCUCUGUGUACACAGUAAAGGGCCACCUGGGAAAUUCGGGUUUUGUGGAUAUUCAGCUUUUGAAACCAAUGGCUUGGAAGAUGAAGAUGCUUUUACUUCUGAUGUCGUUCUAUGGCAGUGUCAACAGUGAUGCAGUUUCAAAGCCCAACAUUAUUAUAGCAAUGGCAGACGACCUUGGCAUUGGGGAUCCUGGAUGCUAUGGAAACACAACACUAAGAACUCCUAAUAUUGACAGGAUAGCCAAAGGGGGAGUGAAAUUCACUCAGCACUUAGCUGCAUCUCCACUGUGUACCCCAAGUAGAGCAGCUUUCCUGACAGGUCGUUACCCUAUCCGAUCAGGAAUGGCUUCACGCUCUAAGGUUGGAGUGUUCCUAUUUUCGGCCUCCUCAGGUGGACUGCCUGCAAAUGAAAUCACUUUUGCCAAGCUUUUGAAGAACCAAGGCUAUUCUACAGCCCUGAUAGGAAAGUGGCAUCUUGGGAUAAACUGUAACAGCAGAGAUGACUUCUGUCACCACCCUUUAAAUCAUGGUUUUGAUCAUUUCUAUGGACUUCCAGUGACCAAUCUGAGAGACUGCAAGCCAGGAUCAGGCACUGUGUUUACCACAGCCAUUCAUAUGUUUGUUUUCAUUCCUCUGCAAAUUGUUGGCAUUGCCCUUGUCACUUUGGAGGCGCUCAAUUGCCUUGGCCUGUUUCGACUCCCUCACUGGGUAUUCUUUUCCUGUCUUUUAUUAGCAGCUACUAUAAUUGGACUCUUAGCCUGUUUCCUUCAUUUUUUCCGACCUUUAAACUGCAUCUUGAUGAGGAACCAUGAGGUUGUCCAGCAGCCAAUGUCUUAUGAGAAUCUCACUCAGAGGUUGACCAGGGAAGCUCUCAAGUUCAUAAACAGGAACACCGGGACGCCCUUCCUUCUUUUCUUAUCUUACAUUCAUGUCCACACUGCACUUUUUUCUGCGAAGGAGUUCGUGGGCAAGAGCAAACAUGGCAUGUAUGGGGAUGCUGUGGAAGAAAUGGAUUGGAGUAUAGGGCAGAUCUUAAAAGCUCUAGAUAAGAAGAAACUGACAAAUAAGACACUCGUGUACUUUACCUCUGACCAAGGAGCUCACAUUGAAGAAGUAACCGACAAAGGAGACAUCCAUGGAGGGAGUAAUGGAAUUUAUAAAGGUGGAAAAGCUAAUAACUGGGAAGGAGGUAUCCGGAUUCCAGGACUUCUUCGCUGGCCAGGAGUGCUACAGCCUGGAACAGUGAUCGAUGAGCCAACUAGUAACAUGGAUCUGUUCCCAACCAUUGUCAAACUUGCAGGAGCAACAUUGCCUGAUGACAGAGUUAUUGAUGGACGUGAUCUGAUGCCCUUGCUUCAAGGAAAAAUCCUCCAAUCUGAGCAUGAGUUUCUCUUCCAUUACUGUAAUGCAUACUUAAAUGCAGUACGUUGGCAUCCAAGAAACAGCACAUCUAUCUGGAAAGCUUUUUUCUUCACACCAAAGUUUAAACCAGAUGAUUCCAAUGGCUGUUUUCCAACCCAUGUGUGCUUUUGCAAUGGGCAUUACGUCACCCGUCAUAAUCCACCCCUUCUCUUUGAUAUCUCCAAAGACCCAAAGGAGAGACAUCCAUUAACUUCGAAAACCGAAAAUCAUUUUCAUGAAAUUCUAAGAGUCAUGCAAGAAGCAGCAGACAACCAUACGAAGACACUCAGUGCAGUUCCCAAUCAGUUAUCUUGGGGCAACCUUCUUUGGAAACCUUGGCUUCAGUUGUGUUGUUCCUCUUCUUAUCUCUCCUGUCAUUGUGAUCGGGAAGCAAAAGGUAGAGGUAAAGGUGUCAGACUGUAACAACAAGAUAAGUAAAGACUCUUUCCUGGAUGAAUAAUCUUUAUUUGAAAAUUCAAAACUUGGAAUUCUGUUAAUUACCCAAUUGUAGCUAACAAGCCCUGUCAGACACAAUCAUUGUACUCCCCUGGAUACCCUUGGCAUGGUGUACUUUCUGUGACCUGAAGGAUUGGUUGUAGGAUGCAUAAUAACUCAAAGAAAACUUUAGAGUUUGCUCUGUUGAGAAGGAAGAAUAAUGGACCUAACUUGUAGGACCAGUAUGAUCUAGUUGGUUGGUGAUGUGGAUUGAGAAGUGUGGGGAUAAAGGAGGAAUCUGAGUAAGUGUACAUAACACUUGUGCUGAUAAUCGAGCUCUACAAAAGCUCCAAAGAGAAUCCUCCCUUGUUCUUGAACAUCUUGUUAAGUCAUCUAUUCUAUGACUUGGAGCUGGACAGAAGGCCUGGCAAUGACCACCUAUGAUUGACAGAUAUUUGCAUUAAGCAAGAAAAUGUAAAUCAAAAAAGAAAUUGCUCAUAGAAGUGUUUAAAAACAAACAAACAAACCACUUAUAAUUGGUAUAAAGAAUACCACUUGUACUAGUGGUAAAUAAUCUAAUUUUUCACUUUGUGGAUGAGAAUUAUUGUUGUUCAUGAUAAGUGUUAUUGAACACAUUAAGUGAAAUGUACAAGUGAUUUAAAACCAACUUCAGAACUCUAGAAAGUUAACAGAUGAAAAUGUGUACAGUAGAAACUUGCUAGGAAGUAUAAAUUCAUUAGCUUGCUCUGUAUUUCACAGAAGAGCCACGCCAUGGACUUGACUUAUAGAUAAGGCUACCUUUUAAUAAGGUUCACUUGGUACUUUGGUAGCUUAUUCCUCAUGACUGACCCAUCCUAUACAGAAUUCUACUCUGAGGUUCAUAGUGAUGUUCUAAUAGAAUUCCUUUUGUGAUUAAAAAUUGAGAAGUUAAAAAAAAAGGCGGGGGAGGGGAGUGUUGGGGGAAGGCACUCAGUAUACAGACUCCCAGUAUGAUUGAACAUGUCACUUUAUGGCAGCUUAUUAAAUUGUUAUUUAAUUUUGCAGUGAAAUAUGGUUUAAUUUAUACCACUGUUAAACUUUCUGUUUUUCUUCAAUUAAUGAGUUAAUGAUGAAAGCAAUUACUGGCCCCUAGUGGUCAAAAUGGCUCUGGGCACAUAAUAUGGAAGGCCUUGUGCUUGCAGUCACUGUUGGGAGGCAGGACUAAGAGAAUAUCUUGGCCUUGCUUUCCUAUCGCCCAAGCCACAGUCACAUAGUGAAUCCUCAAUCCUGACUAAUUCAUCUUGAUCUGGGAAAGAUUGUGCUUCUAACUUCCACUCCAAUAUUAAGUGAAAUAUUCAGUGAAACUUAAAAGGCGUUUUCCAUUUCUCUUAUUUUGCUACCCUUUAGGCAAAACAGAGUUCCCCACAGAAAGAAAGAAUUAAACAUUCCUCUGGGGGACAGGGAGAAAUCUUUGAAAUAAGGCCAAAACAAGUGACUUUUGUAUAUUGGCUUAUUUAACUGUAACUCCCUAUACAGUUUUUCUAAGAAAUUUCUGUAACCCAUUAAAACAAAUUCUUUUUAUUGUGUAUCUAACUCAAUUUUACUUUCCAGUCCUGUAACAAGAAGUGGUAUUUUCUCUUGGAGAUUUUUUUAAACAUGUUAUUUAUGCCCUUUGUUUAAAUACUUGUUCCAAUUCCCUCACCUACCCAUCCAACUGAAAGACUCCCUUGUAACAAAGAAAAACUGUUAAGCAAAAAGUGAAAACAUCUGCCAGUGGAUACAAUGAAAUCCUGUCCUCAUAGUUCCCUGCCUCUCUGCCAUGAACAGGGAAACAGAUUUCAUUAUCUAUUCUCCUGGACCAUUAUUGGUUUUUCAGUUACUCAAGUUUCAGUUGCCUUUUAGUCAUCUUUUUCAUUUGCUUUGUUGUAUCAUUCUAUAUUAUGUUCUAUAUAUU